GCCAGUGUGAACGCAACUGUUUAAACGCAUCUUUAGCCUAUUAGAGAUUGUAACUUAAUAUAGCGUAGAUAAGAUGAAGGCGACUUUCUCUUGUGUUCUGUGUCUUCUGCUCGUAGCAGCAUGCUGGGCUCAGACAACAUCUCCCAAGGUUACGAAAACUGAAGGACUGUUCCAACAAGCCAUCCUGCACCUCAAAUUACUUAUUUCUAAAGAAAAGGCCAAUGAAAUUUCUCUUCACUCACCAACAAAUGACAUCAAGGAGUGCUGCUCUCAGUCUGCACUUGAGUGCUUCAGGAAACAGCUUCACUCUAACAGCCAUAAGAAUCAACUGAAGAUGAAACUGGCCAGAAAUCUGGGCAAGCCCAGCAUCAUGAACAACUUGAACACCUGCACUGCAGAAGAUAUAAAGAAUGCUGAGUGCAAGUCCUGUGAAGCCUACCCAAAGGUCAGCAGCAAAGAAUUUCUGAAGAAUUUACAGUCACUUCUGCAGAAGGCUUUCAGUCGCCUUUCUUAAAAUACGAGCAUGAUGAUGACUAUGUGAAUGUCUGGACGACACUACCUCAUGAAACCCUGGUGUAAAGCACUCUGGAUCAACUCAUCUAUUUAUUGCCUAUUUAUUUGUUUUUAUUACUUUUUUCAAUUUGUAUUACAGCAGACUGAGAAAUGCCUUAAUAUGUCUAAUUAUUACUGUCAGAUUUCUGAUAUGUUGGCAGUGUGUUCAGCAGUUUUCUUACUGCUGAGUUUGAUUCAGAUUAUAAUGUACAUAAAUACUGCUUUAUAUAGUAUUAGUACCAGUAUUAGACCGAAGACUCAAACAAGACCUGCUGCUGAUAUUUUUGCACUUGCAUGCAAGACAUGCAAGUCCCCAAGACAGCAAAAAAAAAAGGUUUGGUACACACUGUCAACUACAAAGUAUCUUGAGAAACGUAUGUCUCAUAAUGAGACUCUGUGUAUUGCAUAGUUACCCA